UCCCCCCAUUUUUUAUUAGUAUUUUUUUUUUUCCUUUUCUCCCCCUUUUCCAGCCCAGCCACCACUUCCCACGCCCCCCCCCCCCCAACUUUUCCCGCCCCCCCGAUGCCAGCAGCCCCCCCCUUUGCCCCCCGCAGCCUCGGGUUUGCUCCGCCGGGCGCUGAGGAAUGGGGCCCGCCGAGGAACUGGUCCGGAUCGCCAAGAAACUGGAGAAGAUGGUGGCCAGGAAAAGCACGGAAGGGGCACUGGAUCUGCUCAAGUCCCUCACCGGCUACACCAUGACCAUCCAGCUGCUCCAGACCACCCGGAUCGGGGUGGCUGUCAACUCGGUGCGGAAACACUGCUCGGAUGAAGAGGUGGUGGCCUCGGCCAAAAUCCUCAUCAAGAACUGGAAGAGGCUGCUGGAGUCCUCCACAACCCCGAAGAAGGAGAAGGACGUGGAUGGGAAGAAGGAGAAGGACGUGGAUGGGGAGAAAGAAAAGAAGGAGAAGGGGAUGGAUUUUCCCAGCUGCCCCAAUGAAGGGGUGAAGCACCCCAAGAGCCCAGCUGAGAAGCCCAAGGAGAAGCACAAAGAGAGGAAGCCCAGCAAGUCCAGCUCUCAUGCCACCACCCCCCGAGGCCACCCUGCUGACUCCAUCCCCGAGAGAGAGUCCAGCGAUGGCCGGAGCCCCACCAUGUCCUCAAAGAAGUCACCUCUGGAUGGCAAGAAAGAGAGGAGAGACUCCACCGACUCAAGGUCCUCCAGCACCUCGGCCAUCUCCUCCUCUUCCUCCCCACAAAAGAAAGUGUCAGGGGAGAGGAGAUCCUCUGUGGGCACCAGCCCCUCACCAGCUCCUGCUGGAUCCCGGAGAAGCUCCAGCGACAGCAAGGAGGAAAGGGCCAACAGCAGCAAAGCCAAACCUGAGACUCCACGGACCCCCACCAGCCCCCCCUUCUCCCCCAGCCCCUGUCUCCUGGCCCCCUGCUACCUCACGGGGGACUCGGUGAGGGACAAGUGCAUCGAGAUGCUGACUGCUGCCCUCCGGAUGGGUGAUGACUACAAGGAGUUUGGUGUCAACUGCGAGAAGAUGGCAUCAGAGAUCGAAGACCAUAUCUUCCAGGAGCUGAAGAGCACGGACAUGAAGUAUCGCAACCGGGUGAGGAGCAGGAUCAGCAACCUGAAGGACCCCAAGAACCCCAGCCUGAGGAGGAACGUGCUGUGUGGGGCCAUCCCACCCAGCCUCAUUGCCCGCAUGACCGCCGAGGAGAUGGCCAGUGAUGAGCUGAAGGAGCUGAGGAAUGCCAUGACCCAGGAGGCCAUCCGGGAACACCAGAUGGCCAAGACGGGUGGCACCGUCACCGACCUCUUCCAGUGUGGCAAGUGCAAGAAGAAGAACUGCACCUACAACCAGGUGCAGACACGAAGUGCUGAUGAGCCCAUGACCACCUUUGUGUUGUGCAAUGAAUGUGGGAAUCGCUGGAAGUUCUGCUGACGGUGCCCAGUGCUGGGGCUGGAGGGGACACGGAGCAGGACAGGACACGGUGACAGCCACAUGGAGCAGCCAGGGUGGGGCAGGGGGGUGACAGGGCAGCACCAGUCCCCACAUCCCAGCUCCCUGUUUCCAUGCGCUGGGAUCCCUCAAACAUCCCAGGAAACUGGGCUCUGGCAACAGGUGGUUUUGCUUGGGAAGAGCCCAGUGAGCUCCAGUGGUUCCCCCUGUAAAUACCUGCCCUUUGCUUGGGGUGCACUGGGAAUCCACUGGGAACAGACACUGGGAACAGAAAGAGGGACUGGUCUGACCUGGGCAGUUUGCCCUUCCCUGGGGGCAACCUGGACCUGGAUUAUUUGGGAGUGGGAGGGAUGUCACCCCAUGGAUGUGGGGCUGGGGAAGAGGCAGGUUUUACCCCCAACCCCCUUCUUCUUCACCCACAUGGCCACAGUGGGAGGACAAGGCUGGAGGUGGGUCUGGAUACUGGAGGGGUGGCACCGUGUCCCUCUGCUCUGUGACACCUGGACCUGGCUUGAGGGCCCAGGAAGGAAGCAGGGAUGAGGGGGAGAGGGUGGGGUGAGACCCUCCAGCUCGAGCAAUAAAGGUGUGAGCUGCACUGUGCUCAGCCUGCUUCCUGAGGGGGGGGUGGUGGGACCUGUACCUCAGAUUGCACCCCCCAGCUUCAGCCUUGUGGGCCCCCAAGAGCCCCCACCCUGGGGCUCCAGGGUUUGGAUGCUCUGAAGCUUCACCCCAUGCUGGGUUUGUCCCCCCUGGGGCUCCAGGGUUUGGAUGCUCUGAAGCUUCAGCAGCCGCUGGUGCCUCUUCCAGCCUGUCUCUGCUUUGCCCCACACCAGACAUUAAAUCCUCCAUGUGAUGGGGGGUUAUUUCCAUCCUACAGCCCCACACUGUGCCCCUCCCCACUCCACUGUGGUGACAAGGACACUGGUGCCAUCAGACCCCCUCCCAUCCCUGUGACCCUCCCUGAGCCCCCCCCCCCCCCCAAGGGGGGACAACCCUGUCCCCAGGGUGCAGAAUCCAGCACACAGACACCUUUUACUUUACCAUCCUGGCUUGCUUGGGGUUCAGACUCCCCCCCCGCCCACACACACACCCCAGCUCCCCCCCCCCCCCAGUUCACCUCAUCAUGGACCUUCUCUGCUUCUCCCCAGCAGCUUUUUCCAGCCUUGACCAAAAAAAUAAUAAUAUAACAAAGCAAAUCAGCACUUUCCUCUUUAGCAGUUUCCGUGGCAACCCCAUUUCCCCAUCCCCCCACUCAAUAACCCCCCUCCCCAUCCCCCCCACUCAAUAACCCCCCUCCCCAUCCCCCCCAAACCCUGCUCACUGGUCCCCAAAGCCUAAUGGCAGGUCCUUGUCCACAGGGAUGGAGGAGGAGGUGGAAAAUAAGGGGGGGACACCCCCCACCCCCCCCCCCCCAGUUUAUCACCUGCAAGGUUUGCAAUCUGGGGGAGGGAAACAGUUCAUUGGGAUGAAGGGGUUCAACCCUGCACUGCCCUAAACAUCCUGAGCCCCCCCCUCCUCCUCUCCCCCCCAGCUUUUGGAUGAUUAAAUGCAUCAAAGGCACCCGAACUGAACCCAAACCUUUGCUUCUAAAACCAAAAGGGCUGCGUGGAAAAUUACAGAAGAGAUUUUUCCCUAAAGAAACUCUUCCCCCCCCCCCCCCUUUGCCCUUUUGUUUCCUCGCCAAAGAGAUUUGCUGAGUCUGCAAAGCACUUUGAUCUCAGCCUGCCCAAAAUCACAGCACUUGGCAGAGUGGGGGGGGGGGUUUCUCCCAACCCCCCCUGCCUUCACUGAACAGGCAGGGAAGGAACUGAGCAAAAAAAAAAACCCCUUUAAAAGCUUAAAAACCCCUCCCAAAAAUUCAGCCUUUCUUGACAUUUCACUGGAGCCUCCCCAGGCUCUUCCCUCCCAGGGCCAAGAAUGGAGGAGAUGGAGGGAAAACACCCCAAGAAUUGUUCUAAAACGCCUUCUCCCCCCCCGACCACAUGAAUUCCCACAUCAGGAAGUUGACCUAAAUAUUACAGGGGAAGGAAAAAAAAAAACCAACAACCAACAAACCAAACCACGCUGGGUUGUUUUUUUUUUUUGCCUGACACUUCUUUCUCUCCCUGCCAGGAGCUCUCAGGCACUGGGCAAUUAGGAGCAGGAGAUGAGUCUUCAGUGCUCUAAUGAAGUGUCACGCAGCUUGAGGAAAGGGCUGGGGAAGCAGGAGAGGUUUGGGCUCAGAAUGAUCCCACUUUGGAUCAGGUUUUGGGUGGCAGAGACAAAACAUCCAUCGGGUGGUCAAGAUUCACCCCCUGCCUCCCACCCCCUGAGCCUCCCGGAGCUGCAGAAGGGAAAUGAUCUUGGCACGUCAUUUUUUAACUCCUCUGCGUGUUUUUCUUGGGGUUUUUUUUUUAACUGAUUUGCUGGUCUGCAGCUACCCCAGAACCUCUUUCCCCUCGUUUUGCACCAUCCUGUUGUCUCCCUGCCCUGGGGGGAUGAUUUCCUUGAGCAAAACCUGCCCCAUCCUGGAAGGAUGGAGCCACAUCCCAACUCCGCUUCCUCCCCCCCCCCCCCUCUCAAGCCGUGUUUGUGCCUCCUUUUUUCCAAGGUCCCCACGAGCCUGGAAGCCAAGAGCAGCUGGCACCCAAGGCCACAUUCUUCCAACGAGCUGCCCUGUCUUUCAAAAGGGAAAUAUAUAAAUAGCUCGUCCUGUACCGAGGGGAUCCUGCUCUGGCAGGGGUUGGACUGGAUGAUCUCCAGAGGUCCCUUCCAACCCCCCACUCUGUGAUCAUCACUGAGGCCCUGACGCUUGCACGAUCCUCCGGUUGCUGAGUCACCCUGAUCCGGGAUCCAUCUCCAUCAUGAGGUGUCCCUUCCACCGAGGGGAUAAACGUGCUAGCUGCAGGUAAACAUGUUCUUUCCUUGGGGCAGGAAUGCUGCUCUCUGAAUAUAAAAACUCCUGGUGAUGAGGUCCGUGGAGCCCCCGGGAGGGACGUGUGCUCCUGCCCUCCCUGCUGCCUCUGUGAGUCAUCCCGGCUGCGCCUGGAGACAAGGGAGGUAGAAGCACAAGGAAAGAGGAAAAAAAUUGCUUUGCUCCUCAGGUACCUGGGCUACAGCAAAUUAAAAAUGGCCCCUUGGCAGCCACGGGUCCCAAGGUCACCCAAGGGCUGAGUGUUGGGUGAAGGAGGAGAGAGAGGCUCCUUUAGUGGGGAAAUGGGAGCGCUUAGCCCGGGAAGUCAUUUCAAGUCAUUAAUGGAGCACAGUUAUUAGUGGUGUUCUUCCUCUUGGUGGCUGGUAGCUUUUUGUGGGUGGGAGGAGGAUGGGUCUCUCCAUUAGGAAAAAGAAAAAGAAAAAUCCAUCCUGAGGUUGGGAAGCAGGUUGGAGCAAGACCUGGAAGUGUUGCCUCCCUCCAGCAGCAUCGCCGCAUCCCUACCUGGGUGCUGCUGCCUCGAUGGGGACAGGAGGGUCCCCAGCCCCCAGGGACUGUGGCCACCUUUCCACACCACGGGAGAUGCAUGGGAGGGGUGAGUUAAAACCCCAAACAACACCCCCCCAAAAAAAAAAAAUCCCUUCAAUCAGCAGCAUUUUAGCUAAGCCCACACUGGCUCCCCAUCCGUCGGGGGCAAGAAAGGAUUCACCCCCCAACCACACCCUCUCCCCCAAACUACUGCAGUCAAAGCUUUGGGGGAGGGAGGGGAAAAAAAAAUACAAGAGAGAAGGAUCUUUUUCCAGCCUUUUUUUUCCUCUCCAUCAAUAAACACUUCCUGUGGGCAGAGUGUUUCCUUCAGCCCGAGGGUUUCAUUAGGCCUCGCUCAUUUAAUAUUGCUUUUAAUUACUUGUGGUUGGCUCAGAGCUGCUUCACCCACCUUGGAGCAGGGGGGGCUGGCAUCUUGGGGUUAGAAAAUAUAAGUCUAUAUUUAGUUAGGCAGACAGAGAGAUGGGGAAAAGGAGCUGUUCCCAUCAUUAAACCCCCACUUUCCCAUUUUUCCUUAGCUUUCUUCUUUCUUGAACUGCAGGCUGGGCUGGCCAGUGGCUCCCCGGGAACAGAUCAGCUGAGACCUGGGGUUUUGCAGCCCUAAAAGGCUUCUCCAGUGAAAAAAAACCAACCCCCAGAUGAUCACCAGGGAGUAAAUUGUCCUGCAAGUGUCUUCCCGAGGCUGUGGCAUGUGGGAAAGGGACAGGGAUGUGGCUGGAGGGUGACAUGGAGCUGAGUCUGUCCCCAGCUUCAUGCUGGGCUGUGAUGGUUUUGGGGAGGAAGAGUGGGAGGAAGAUCCUGCUCAUCUGUGAGAUGCAGGAGGGGAUUUUAUGGGGUUUUUUUUGCCUUUCAGGAGAAGAAAGAAGAUGGAGAGAGGGGAGAGAGAGAAGAAAAAAAUCACCUGCACUUGGCUGUUGCUGCAGCUGCCCCAACAAGGUAUGAAAACACUCGGGUCUGUCGAGGCUGGCAAACCAACCACACGAAUUCAACCCAUUUUCCUCUUCAACGUUGAUUUACCUGGAGCUGUCAGAGGAGGGAGGGGAAGAGAUGAACCCCAGGGAGCCAGGAGGAGCAGCCUGGACCUGCAGCUCGACUUGACAGGGCUGCUCUGGGCUCUCCAGCUCCUGCCUUGGUCCCAUGGCCACGGGGACAAGAUGCAGCAGCACUGCUGGACCCCCAGCUCAAGGCUCCCUCCAAGAAGACCACAGCAUGUCUGGAUGCUCAGGGCCCUCCUGAAGUCCUGAAAAUCAUCUCCCCCCCCCAUUCACCUCCAGAGUUUCCCAUAGACUUGACCAGAGUCCUGCCAGGACAGAUUCACGGCUCCUGUCUUGUCUUUUUUUAUGGCCAUUUUAAUUCAAACCAAUAAAUUCCAGAGGGGAAGAGGGUCUUCCUCCAGGGAAAUACA